UUUAUAAAAAAUUCAAAAAUUUUGUAUUUAUAAUGAUACUCGUGUCAUAAUCGUGUUAUUGUGUCGUGUCGUGUUCGUAUCAUGUGACCUACUAAUUAAUCGUGUCAUGUUCGUGUUUGAAGUUUUGAAACGUUUAAUAAACGUAUCGUGUUCGUGUUUGCGGUUUUGACACAUUAAACGUGUAAGGUUCGUGUUUAUCUUAAUCGUAUCGUAUCAUAAAUGUGUCGACAUGAAUACGACACAAUAACACAAAUUGCCAAUAAUACUAAUGAUGGUUCUUUGGUUAGCCAUGUCUAAACCUUUAUAUUCCCCUACUUUGGCUACAACUAUUGGAGUGUUAACCCAGUUAUGGUAAGGCAUAGGAAGGCCCAUGGCUUGAACCCAAAAAAUACAUUUUCUCAUAUCAACAUUGUGUCAAGCACCAUCUUCAGGCCAUUCAUGGAUGAUCAAGAGCUUCCCAUUCAUGACCCAAGGACGAUUGUCGAGAACAGUGACACAAUCUUCUUUCAAGUCAAAGAAAAUACCCUAUAAACCAGACCUCAUAGUUUUAAACCGCCAGUUUCCCUUAAGCUUACCAGUCGACUUCCAAAUCUGGACUGGAAUGUCCUUCAAUCUUGACCUGGAGACUCCUUUCCAUUCGAAGAAGUUGGCCAAAACCCCAAUCCGAGUAAGUUCUGCAUCAAGCUCAAAAUUCGGUUCCAAUUCAAGAGUCAUAGACUCAAAGAAACUCAUCAUAGUUUUCAAUAACAUUCUCAUAGCCAAUACCAUUUUGAGAAAUGGUCUCAUUAAUUUCAUUAUCCCCUCCUGGAACUUGGGAGACAUUAAUAUCGUUACCAUGCCUCCUGAUCCCUGUCCAUAGCAAUAAAUUCCCGAUCACGUGUAUUCUCACUGGAAUCUUCAUAGCGACAAUCAUAACCACUGCAAGUAGAAAAAGCAAUCAAUACCUUUAGGAAUCCCACCUACUUCCACUAAACGGAACACAAGCAAAGCAAGCGUAGCAGAACAAAAGGCGGUAGACCAAAUCUAGAUAAAACUAAAAAAAACUACCAGAAAUUUAUAAAAGACUUAAAAAUGACUCAGACACAGGGCAUGACCACUGAAAAAGGAAAAUGUACUAGCAAUUAACUAGAAAACAUAAGGUCAAAUUGGAACUCGAGCCCUCUCACUUGAGAGAAAAUUUUAUUAAAAGUGACUUAGCAUGUCAAAUUUCUUUAGAAUUUAUAUGUAUGUACUCAUCAUUAUUCAAAAAUAUCAAACUAGGCCAAGAUAUUUCUAUUUAAAAUUGAUCUUCACAACACCUUGAGUGAUACAUAUAUAGUGAUAAUUCAACUAUGUUUCACAAUUCAACUAUCUAAUAAUACACAAAAAUCUAAGCUGCCUUACAUUUUUUUUUCUUUUUCUUUUUCAAAACUGAUUUAAAGAAAUAACUAUAAAUUUUUUCUCAUCCGAAUUGAAAACAAAAAGAUAUUUAUAUUGAAAACGAUAAUGAUCUAAAUAUGGACAAAUUAUUUAUUAGGGAAAGGUAGUAAUUAAUGGCUCCCCUCUCUUGCCUCUCUACUUUUCAUUAUUUCAUCUAUUUGCUUCAUUUAGGCAUAUACUUCUUGUGGUAAUUAUAGGCAUAGUGUUUAUUUUUGAAGUUUCAACCUAAUUAAUAAAUAACACCCCAGAAGAGAAGUACACGCAUUAACCAAAAAGUAAAAAUAGAGAAAAUUAAUUGAAAAUUAAUCAUGAGAUUAGAGAAGUACUUUAGGGUUGAAUUGUUGAUAAUUGUAUUAUUUGCAAUAUUAUUUCCAAAUUACACAAGGGCUAACAUAAAAGAUUUCGAUGAGGUAUGGCAACAACGAGCUAUACAAGCCAGGAAGAAUGCCCAUAAGGCCUACCACCCCGAUCCUCAUAAAGUCACUCAAGAUUUUAAUUAUCACGUUCAUAAGGGCAUAGAGGAUGAUGACGUGGACAGUAACAAAACAAACAGUAGAAGAAACCUGAAAAGCCAAAAAAGUGGAUGUACGGCCACAAACCCAAUCGACCGUUGUUGGAGAUGUGACAAGGACUGGUUCAAGCACCGGAAGAGACUCGCCAAUUGUGCCCUAGGUUUCGCCCGUGGAACCACCGGCGGCAAGCACGGCAAGAUCUACGUCGUCACCGACCCCUCUGACAAUGACCUCGUCAACCCCAAGCCUGGAACGCUCCGCUAUGCUGUCAUCCAGCCGGAGCCACUCUGGAUCAUCUUCGCCCACGACAUGAUCAUUCGCCUCGCCGAGGAGCUCAUCGUGAGUAGCCAUAAGACCAUCGAUGGCCGUGGAGCUAGGGUUCAUAUAAGUAAUGGUGGUCAAAUCACACUUCAGUUUGUGGAAAAUGUGAUAAUUCAUGGCUUGCACAUUCAUGAUAUCAAGGCUGGGAAUGGAGGGCUGAUUAGGGAUUCGACGGAGCAUUAUGGAUUCAGAACGCGUAGCGAUGGGGAUGCAAUCUCGAUCUAUGGAUCUACGCGGGUUUGGAUCGAUCAUAUUUCGAUGUCCAAUUGUCAAGACGGCCUCAUUGACGUGAUCAUGGCGUCCACGGCUGUCACCAUCUCAAAUUGUCACCUAACUCAUCAUAAUGAGGUGAUGUUGUUUGGUGCAAGUGAUGGGUAUUCGGAGGAUCAAGUCAUGCAAGUAACUGUGGCAUUCAACCAUUUCGGUCAGGGAUUGGUCCAGAGAAUGCCCAGAUGCAGAUGGGGUUUCAUCCAUGUAGUUAACAAUGAUUAUACACAUUGGCUCAUGUAUGCCGUUGGUGGUAGCCAACAUCCUACCAUCAUAAGCCAAGGCAACCGUUUCAUCGCUCCUCAAGACAUAAAUUGCAAAGAGGUGACAAAGAGGGAUUAUGCACCUGAGAGUGUCUGGAAGACAUGGAAUUGGAGGUCAGAGGGUGAUCUCAUGAUGAAUGGAGCAUUCUUUGUUGAAUCUGGUAGUACAGUUAAAAAUGUGCCUAAUAAAGACGUGAUCAAUGCAAAGCCUGGGACAUUUGUGACGAGGCUUACUCGCUUUGCAGGUGCUCUUAAUUGUGUUAAAAAUAAGCCAUGUUAGUUUGUACACAUGUAAUAAUAUUGUAUAUAGAUUUGUGAAGCUCAGACCGAGCCCUGUGGUUAGAAACAGAGGCUUUAGUAGAGACGAGCAGAAAGUAAAAAAAAACAACAGUAGACUUUCACAAAAUUGUAUAUUAAGCUUCUGAUUGUAUUAGCUGAUGUUACAUUAUAAAAUUCUUGUCGAAA